AUGGCCAUGGCAGGRGCCGCGCUGCUGCCCCUGGUCCUGCAGCUCGGGAGCCUGGCGCUGACUGCAGGCAGUGAUGUUGUCCCCAGGGAACCCUUUGGGCUUGCUGACAUCCAUGACUACAGGCAGCAGGCACACACCCAUUCCCUGGCCCUUGCUGGACAGCCCUUGGAGGAGCGGUUGGGACAGCUAGAGGCUGAGGUGCUAGAGCUCAGAGAGCAGAACAGGGACCUGCAGGAAAGGGUGAAGCGGCUAGAGUCCUGUGAGUGCCACCUGGCCUCUUCCCAGUGCUGGGGGCUGGGACGCAUCUGGCCUGAAGGGGCUCGUUGGGAGCCUGAUGCCUGUACAGCCUGCAUCUGCCAGGAUGGGGCUGCACGCUGUGGUCCCCAGCCCAACCUGCCCCAUUGUCAUGGCUGCAAGCACAAUGGUCAGACCUACAGCCAUGGGGAGACCUUCUCCCCAGACACCUGCUCCAUCUGCCACUGCCAGGCAGGGACCGUGCGGUGCCAGGGGCCUUCAUGCUCUGAGCUCAACUGCCUGGAGAGCUACACUCCACCUGGAGAGUGCUGCCCUGUCUGCCGGCCAGGCUGUGAGUAUGAGGGACAGCUGUAUGAGGAGGGGGCCAGCUUCCUGCCCAGCUCCAAUCCCUGUCUCCAGUGCUCCUGCCAGAGGAGCCUGGUUCGUUGUGUGCCCCUGAAGUGCCCACCUAGCCCCUGCCCUGAGCCAGUCUUGAGGCCUGGACACUGCUGCCCAGCCUGCCAAGCCCCAGGCUGCACAGAAGGUGGCUCUCACAAGGACCAUGGCCAAGAAUGGACUGCACCUGGGGACCCCUGCCGGAUCUGCCAGUGCCUGGAGGGCCACAUCCAGUGCCGCCAGCGAGAAUGUGCCAGCCUGUGCCCAUACCCUGCCCGGCCCCUCCCAGGCACCUGCUGCCCAGUGUGUGAUGGCUGUUUCCUAAAUGGGCGGGAGCACCGCAGCGGGGAGCCAGUGGGCUCCGGGGACCCCUGCUUGCAGUGCCGCUGUGCUAAUGGGAGUGUCCAGUGUGAGCCUCUGCCCUGCCCGCCCGUGCCCUGCAGACACCCAGGCAGGAUCUCUGGGCAGUGCUGUCCAGUCUGUGACAGCUGUGAGUACCAGGGACACCAGUAUCAGAGCCAGGAGACUUUCAGUCUCCAAGAGAGUGGCCGCUGCGUCCGMUGCUCUUGCCAGGCUGGUGAGGUCUCCUGUGAGGAGCAGGAGUGCCCAGUUGCUCCCUGUGGCCCACCUACCUCUGGCCCCCAGCUCUGCCCAGCCUGUGUGCUUGAUGGAGAAGAGUUUGCUGAGGGGGUCCAGUGGGAGCCCGAUGGUCAGCCCUGCACUUCCUGCUCCUGCCAGGAUGGGGUGCCUGUGUGCAGGGCUGUGCUCUGCCCCCCAACCCCUUGCCAGCACCCCACCCAGCCUCCUGGUGCCUGCUGCCCCAGCUGUGAGAGCUGCACCUACCAUGGCCAAGUGUAUGCCAAUGGGCUGAACUUCACGGAUGCCGACAGCCCUUGCCACACCUGCCGCUGUGAGGAUGGGACUGUGAGGUGCUCUUUGGUCUACUGUCCUCCCAUGACCUGUGCCAGACCUCAGAGUGGACCCGGCCAGUGCUGCCCCAAGUGUCCAGACUGCAUCCUGGAGAAACAGGUGUUUGUGGAUGGUGAGAGCUUCUCCCACCCUGGAGACCUCUGCCAGGAGUGUCACUGUCGGGAAGGCCAUGCCCUCUGUCAGCCUCGGGCCUGCCCCAAGGCCCUCUGUGCCCACCCGCUGCCUGGUACCUGCUGCCAGAACAACUGCAGUGGCUGUGCCUAUGGCGGGAAAGAGUACCCCAACGGAGCAGAUUUCCCUCACCCAUCUGACCCCUGCCGUUUGUGUCACUGCCUGGGCGGCAACGUGCAGUGCCUGGCCCGCCGCUGCCCGCCGCUGCCCUGUCCAGAGCCGGUCCUGCCACAGGGAGACUGCUGCCCGCGGUGCCCGGCCUCUCCCGCGGGCUGCAUGUGGCCCGGGUUCACUGUCCCUGCCCGCCACCAGGAACACUUCUCCCCUCCCGGCGACCCCUGCCGCCGCUGCCUCUGCCUCGAUGGCUCGGUGUCCUGCCAGCGUCUGCCCUGCCUGCCCGCGCUCUGCGCCCAUCCACGCCAGGGACCCUGCUGCCCCUCUUGCGAUGGCUGCCUGUACCAGGGGAAGGAGUUCGCCAGCGGGGAGCGCUUCCCAUCGCCCAGCGUUGCUUGCCACACGUGCCUCUGCUGGGAGGGCAGCGUCAGUUGUGAGCCCAGGGUCUGUGCCCCCGCACAGUGCCCCUUCCCCGCCAGGGACGACUGCUGCCCUGCCUGUGAUGGCUGUGAGUACCUGGGGGAAUCCUACCUGAGUCUCCAGGAAUUCCCAGAUCCCCGAGAGCCCUGCAACCUGUGUACCUGCCUGGGAGGAUUUGUGACCUGCAGCCGCCAGCCCUGUGAGCCUCUGGGUUGCAGCCACCCACUCACUCCACCUGGGCGCUGCUGCCCAACAUGUCAGGGAUGCUUCUACCACGGGGUCACUGCUGCCCUUGGAGAAACCCUUCCUGAUCCACUUGAUCCCACCUGCUCCCUCUGCACCUGCCAGGAAGGUUCCAUGCAUUGCAAGAAGAAGCCAUGUUCCCCGGUUCUCUGCACACACCCCUCUCCAGGACCCUGCUUCUGCCCUGUUUGCCAUAGCUGCCUCUCUCAAGGCCGGGAGUACCAGGAUGGUGAGGAGUUUGAGGGGCCCUCAGGCAGCUGUGAGCAAUGUCGCUGUCAGGCUGGCCAGGUCAGCUGUGUGCGUCUGCGGUGCCCACCCCUGCCCUGCCUGUUACAGGUCACAGAGCCAGGGAGCUGCUGCCCUCGAUGCAGAGGCUGCCUCGCUCACGGGGAGGAGCACCCUGAAGGCAGUAGCUGGGUGCCCCCCGACAGCCCCUGCUCCUCCUGCAUGUGUCAUGAGGGUAUCGUCACUUGUGCCAGUGUCCAGUGUGUCAGCUCCUGCGCCCAGCCCCAACAGGGGCCCACUGACUGCUGCCCUCGUUGCUCUGACUGUGUGCAUGACGGUCGGAAGUAUGAGCCUGGGGAGAGCUUCCAGCCAGGGGCUGACCCCUGUGAAUUGUGCAUCUGUGAGUCACAGCCUGAGGGGCCUCCCAGCCUUCACUGUCGCCGGAGGCAGUGUCCCAGCCUGCUGGGCUGCCCACCUAGCCAGCUUCUGCCCCCUGAUGCCCAGCACUGCUGCCCCACCUGUGCCCAGGCGCUGAGUAACUGCACAGAGGGCCUGCUGGGCUCUGAGCUGGCCCCACUAGACCCCUGCUACACCUGCCAGUGCCAGGACCUGACAUGGCUCUGCACUCACCGGGCCUGUCCUCAGCUCAGCUGUCCCCUGUUGGAGCAUCAUAUUCCCCCAGGGAGCUGCUGCCCUGUGUGCCAGGCUCCCACCCAGUCGUGUGUCCACCAGGGCCGUCAGGUGGCUGUCGGGGAGCACUGGGCCGUGGACACCUGCACCAGCUGCUCUUGCGUGGCUGGCACUGUGCGCUGCCAGAGCCAGCGCUGUCCACCGCUUUCUUGUGGCCAGGACGAGGCCCCUGCCCUGAGUCCUGGCAGUUGCUGCCCUCGCUGCCUACCCCGGCCCGCUUCCUGCAUGGCCUUCGGAGACCCCCACUACCGCACCUUCGACGGCCGCCUGCUGCACUUCCAGGGCAGCUGCAGCUAUGUGCUGGCCAAAGACUGCCAUGGCGGGGACUUCAGUGUGCAUGUGACCAACAAUGACCGGGGCCGCAGAGGUGUGGCCUGGACCCAAGAGGUGGCAGUGCUGUUGGGAGAUGUGGUUGUGCARCUGCUGCACGGCAAGACAGUCAUGGUGGAUGGCAGCCCAGUGGCCCUGCCCUUCCUGCAGGAGCCUCUGCUGUAUGUGGAGCUGUGGGGACGCUCUGUGAUCCUGCACACCCAGCCUGGGCUCAAGGUACUGUGGGAUGGACAGUCCCAGGUGGAGGUGAGCGUGCCAGGCUCCUACCGGGGCCAGACUUGUGGACUUUGUGGGAACUUCAAUGGCUUUGCCCAGGAUGAUCUACAGGGCCCUGAYGGGCUGCUCCUGCCUACAGAAGCUGCAUUUGGGAACAGCUGGCAGGUUCCAGAGGGGCCAAGGYCUGGCCGGCCUUGUUUUGCAGGCCAGGAAGUGGAUCCAUGCCGGGCAGCAGGUUACCGUGCCAGGCGUGAGGCCAAUGCCCGGUGUGGGCUGCUGAGGUCCUCCCCAUUCCAUCGCUGCCAUGCUGUGGUGCCACCAGAGCCCUUCUUUGCUGCCUGUGUAUAUGACCUUUGUGCUUGUGGCCCUGGCUACUCAGCUGACACCUGCCUCUGUGAUGUCUUGGAAGCCUAUGCCAGCCACUGUCGCCAGGCAGGGGUGACACCUGCCUGGCGGGGCCCUACACUCUGUGUGAUGGGCUGCCCCCUGGACCGUGGAUUUGUGUUUGAUGAGUGUGGCCCACCCUGUCCCCGCACCUGCUUCAACCAGCAUGUUCCCCUUGGAGACCUGGAAGCCCACUGUGUGAGGCCCUGUGUUCCUGGCUGCCAGUGCCCUGCAGGCCUGGUGGAGCAUGAGGCCCACUGUAUCCCUCCUGAGGCCUGCCCUCCAGUCCUGCUCACCGGGGACCAGCCACCCAGCACUCUGCCCAGCCCCAGUUGGGAGCAGCUCCUUGCUUCGCCCUGA